CUGUGCCUCGUUUUGGGCCUCUCUGUGGUCCGCGGUGGCGAAGGCGUAGGUUUCUCUAGGCCUUUAGUGAUGUCGAUGUUGAGGCAGACAAUCAGGCUCACAGCAUUUGCAAGGAAGGCACCAAUCUCUCGGACACCUUCGCGUCGUUUUUGCUCUACCAAAGGGGGAGAAGACAUCGACAAGGGGUGGACUUUUGGAGGUGUGACCAAGCUUGUCUUAGCAUUUGGCAUCUGUUGUGGUUUAACUGAUUGGGUUUUUUAUGGUGACACGAGCUUUCACAAAAAAAAUAACAAACUGCAUGUUGAAGUACUGAAAGAAAGGAUGCUUAUCCUUGACCUUGAGAAGCAGAUGCAUGAUUUAAGGUUACAGGCAGAAAUGAAAUGAUGAAGAGCAGGAAAUAAGCUGUGAAUGUUUUGUGGUAGUCAAUUUUAUCAGUUGUAGAGAAUGUUUUGUGGAAUGUUUUUAAUUUGGAGUAUAAAACUAUUACUGGUGGCUUUAUAUGCGUAAUCGUGUGACCUUGAAGCAUCACGUGUUUCAUUCUCUUCCUCUCAAUAUCCACAUCUCCCUCCCACACAUAAGUAAAUCCAUGUACCCUUCUAGACACAUGUCCAGAUGUGAGUUACGAAAAUGCCCUUGUUUUUUAAUUUUCAUGUGAUCAAAGUGCAGUGGUGUUGUAUAUCUUAAAACUUGAGCAAUAGAAAUAGGUCAGAACUCUGUGCACUUCUACCCCUCAGUUCUUCAGUCUUACGAUCUUCUCUGCAAAGAUUUAUCCGAUCUACUUCUCGAGCCUCGGUGGUGCUGCUGGUUUGGGUGUUUCUUGUUAUUGGUAAUUUUGUAGAUAUUGGCCAAAACUGAUUUUCUAUUAUUAUGGAAAUAACUCUCCACACCUUCUCAACCGCCCACAACCUUGCCCGAGGACAAUUUUGCUUUCCAACGGUGAUCUAAAACUGCGGUUUGAUGAAGUGAUUCAGUUUUUAGGUGAGACUUCACUAUUCUUCAUCACAUAGUGCCUACCAUUUAAAAGUUGUGUUUUGGUUUUGUAACAAAUUUGAAGAGUUUUAUAUUGUGUAAUGUAAUGUUUGACAUGCAUUUGAAAUUUGCAAACUCAGAAAUAACUUUUAUUGCAUCAA